AUGACGAAAUACGAACUGAAGCUGCAGUAUUUUGACGAGUGGAUGAUGCGAUGGAGGAAGUUUCAGACGGAUUCGGAUUGGACAAUUGAGAAGAAUCGCCAGUGGUGGCGUAAGUGCAAUAUGGCGCUCUCUGCCGUGUUGUUUGGUUCACUGGUGGUGUACACUUCGGGGACGGCCACGCUGAAGCGCCAGUAUGGUCUCCCCCACUUUUUUGAUGUUGGCAUUGAUGGUCAGAUCAAACAAGCGGUCCUUCAGACUUUGACCUCUCGUUGGCGCUACACUCCGCAAGGUUAUGGCCGCGUGUUGCUGACGGGGAUUCCCACAUAUACGCUUUUUGUUCUUCUCGAGCAUUAUCAGGAGAGGCGACGCAUGCAUCUGUAUGUUGCCCAGAACACUGUGUUUGGGGAACAGAUGCGUCGUUUUUUGAAUACUGGGAAAAUUGAAGAAUAUCUUGCGGUGAACAUUAAGGGAUCUCUGCCUCCUUCUCAGCGAAGUAUUUACGCCUAUUAA